UGUUAUAAAUUAGCUAGUUACCAUUUAUUAAGCUUUAUAUUGUUAUUUAUUAAUUAAUUAAUUCAAGAUUGUUUAAUAUCAUUUCCAGUAAACAAAUGUAAAGGAGAACAAAAUAGUCUGGAUCUGAUGCAGCACAAAAAACUGAUAUGAUAAGAACACGGUAAUAAAAAAACAGUAAGUGAUAAAGUAGUGGUGGUUGCAGGUGUGGAAUGCUGGAUUAAUGGCUGUGGAGGUGUUGAUCAGCCUUACUGCUUGGGGGAAGUAACUGUUUUUGAGUCUGGUUGUCCGGCAUGGAUGCUCUGUAGCCUCCUCCCUGAUGGGAGUAGGACAAUUUUUUGAGCAGCAGCCAAUCAGUGACUGGAAGCGUGAAAAGACAUAGCUCACACAGGUUUGCUGACUGAGCACUUAAGGCAAUGAUUAACGCAGGUUUGGUAUUUUGAGCAGUGGCCAAUUGGCGAUUAGAAGUGAUUGGCAAGAAUAAAUUAAAAUAAGGCAGAGGCAAGUGGAGCAGCUUUUGUUGGAGUGGACACUGCUAGAGUUAAAGCCUCAAAUAUCUACUCUUCGAGGUUUCAAUGAGGAAGAGGUUUGAGUGAGAGAAGCCAAAAAAGCAGUACGUAGUGUUUCUUCUCCAGUUUAUUUAUUGUUUCCUUCAUUGUACUUGCACUGUUAGAACAGUUGGGAUGCCAGGCAGGAUAGUGGAAUGCUCCAGGAGAUGUGGGAAGGCAGGGAAUCCAGUGUCCCUGAUGACUUUACCUGCAAGACAUGCAUCCAGCUGAAGCUUCUAACACUCCGUGUUUUCAAGUUGGAGCAGGAAGAACUCUGGAUCAUUUGGGAGGCCAAAGAGGUGACAAAUAGGACAUUUAGAGAGGCAGUUACACCCAAGGUGCAGGACACAGGAAACUGGGUGACAGGCAGAAAGGGGAAAGGGGCUGAACAGUCAUUGUAGAGCACCCAAGUGGCCAACAUCUCAACAAUAGGUUUCCCACUUUGGAUACUGUUUGGGGGGUGUGGUUGGUGGAACAGAGGAAAGUCACCAUUGUCAGGUCUCUGGCAUUGAGUCUGACUCCAUGACCCAGAAAGAAGGGGGAGGCGGGGAGAAGAGGUGAGCUGCAGUGACAGAGGAUUUGUUAAUUAGGAGAACAGAAAUGCUCUGUAGAGGAGAGAUUCCUGAAUGGUAUGUUUUUUCCUGAGUGUCAGGGUCUGGAACAUCGCAGAUUGAGUCCUCCUCAUUCUUAAAUGGGAGGGUGAGCAGCCAGAAGUCGUGGUCCAUGUGGGUAACAGUGACAUGGGUAGGAAAAAUGAUGAUGUUCUGCAAAGUGAGUUCAGGGAGUUAGGUACAAAGUUAAAGGAUAGGACCUCCAGGGUUGUGAUCUUAGGAUUGCUACUCAUGCCACGUGCCAGUGAGGCCAGGAAUAUGAAGAUCAUACAGUUUAACACAUGUCUAAAGAGUUGGUGUAGGAGGGAGAGUGUCAGAUUUUUAGAUCAUUGGGCUCCCUUCCAGGGAAGGUGAGGCCUGUAAGAAAGAGACAGUUUGCACCUGAACUGGAGGGGAAAUAAUAUCGUAGAUGGAAGGUUUGCUGAUGCUAUACGAGGAAGUUUAAACUAGAGUUGUUGGGGAUGGAAACCAGAGUGCCAGAACAGUACAGCGGAGUUUGUGGAGACAUGUUGUUAAGGCCUCAGUCAAAGCCAGGAAUGUUGAGCAUGGUAUGAAGAGUGCCCUGAGCUACGUACAUUUCAAUGCAGGAUGUACAUUGGGAAUGGCAGGUGAGCUCGGGGCAUGGAUAACACAUGGAAUUAUGAUAUUGUAGCCAUUAGUGAGCUUGGUUGCAGGAGGAUCGGGACUGGCAGCUCAAUACUCCAGGGUUCUGUUGUUUCAGACAUGACAGAGCAGGACGGAUUAAAAAGGGAGGAGUGGUGUUACUAGCCAGAGAAGUGUCAUGGCAGUGCUCAGACAGAACAGUCUAGUGAGGCUUUAAGGGUGGAACUAAGGAAUAAGAAAGAUAUGGCCACAUUAAUGUGGCUAUACUAUGCACCACCCAACUCUCUGUGGGAUUUAGAGGAAAAAAUUUGUAGAGAGAUUGCAGACGACUGCAAGAAGCACAAGGUUAUAAUAGUAGGCGAUUUUAGCUUUCCGCAGAUUGACUGGGACUCCCAUAGAUUGGAGAGAGUUUAUCAAAUGUGUUCAGGAAAGUUUCCUUAAUCAGUAUGUGUAAGUCCCAAUGAGAGUGUGCAAUACUCAAUCUGCUUUUAGGGAGUGAGACAGGGCAGAUGACACAAGUCUGCGUAGGGGAACAUUUGCAUCCAAUGAUGCCAUCAGUUUCAAUGUAGAUCUGGAGAAGGAUAGGUCUGUUGCAUGGGCUGAGGUUCAGAAUUGAAUUUCAGGAUUCUCUGGCAAGUGUGGAUUGGGACAAGCUGUUUUCUGGCAAAGGUGUACUUGAUAAGUGGGAGGCUGUUGAAAGUGAAAUUUUGAGAGUACAAAGCUUGUAUAUACUUGUCAGAGUAAAAGGUAAAGAUAACAGAUUUAGUGAACCUUGGUUUUUGAGAGAUUUUGACGCCUUAGUUAAGAAAAGGAGAUGCAUAGCCUGAAUAGACAGGUAGGAACAAAUGAGCUAUAAGAAAUACGAGAGUACACUUAAGAAAGAAAUCAGGAGCGCUAAAAGAAGGCAUGACAUUGCCCUAGCAGACAAGAUGAAGGAGAAUCCUGAGGGAUUCUACAGGUAUGUGAAGAGUAAAAGGAUUGCAAGGGACAAAUUGAUCCUCUGGAAGAUAAGGAUGGCAAUCUAUGCGUGAAGGUAAAAGUGAUGGGGGAUAUCUGAAGUGGAUUUUUAUUUUGGCAUCUGUGUUUAAUCGGGGAAUGGACUAAGAGUCUAUCAAUGUGAGGCAAAGCAGCAGUCAGGUCAUGAACCCUAUGCAAAUUACAGAGGUGGAGGUGUUUGCUGUAUUGAGGCAAAUUAGAGUAGAUAAAUCCCCAGGGACUGACGACGUAUUUCCUCUAAUCCUGUGGGAAGCAAGUGCAGAAAUUGCACGGGUCCUUGCAGAGAUAUUUAAAUCAUCCUUAGCGACAGGUGAAGUACUAGAGGUUUGGAGGAUAGCUGAUGUUGUUCCACUUUUUAACAUAGACUAAAAGAGUAAACCAGAACAUUAUAGGCUGGUGAGCCUGACACCAGUAGUGGGAAAGAUAUUGGAAUGUAUUCUAAUAGACAGGAUAUGAAUAUUUAGAUAGGGACUGAUUAGGGAUAGUCAGCAUAGCUCUGUUUGUAGUAGGCUGUGUCUAACCAAUCUUGAGUUUUUUUGAGUAAGUUACUGGGAAAAUUGAUGAAAUCGAGGCAGUGGAUGUUGUCUACAUGGACUUCAAGGCAUUUGAGAAGGUCAUGCAUGGGAAAUUGGUCACAGCAUUUAAAAUAGGGUUGUAAAUUAGAUUAGACAUUGGUUUUGUGCGAGAAGCCAAAGAAUGGUCGUAGAUAGUUGCCUCUCUGACUGAAGACCUGUGACUGGUGGUGUGCCACAAGGGUCGGUGCUGGGCCUGUUGCUGUCUGACAUCUGGCAAUGUGGGUAACUGGAUCAGCAAAUUUGCAGAUGAUGCCAUGAUUUUGCGUGUUAUGGACAAUGAGCAAGAUUAUCAGAGAUUGUUGUAGAACCUAGACCAGCUGGAAAAAUGGGCUGAGAAAUAGCAGAUGAAAGUUCAUGCAGACAAGUGCCAGGUGUGCACUUUGGUCGGACUAACUUGGGUAGGUCUCACAUUGAUGAUUGGAGGACACUGAGGAGUGCAGCAGAACAAAGGGAUCUUGGAAUAUUGGUCCAUAAUUCAUUGAAAUUGUUGGCCCAGGUAGAUGGGGUUGUAAUGUUAAACCUUACUUCUAAUUAUUACCCGUUACCCGAUGCAAGAACACACAGUGCUACGGAAGAUAAAGCAACAACUUUUUUAUUAGUAGCUCACUACUAGAGAGAACCUUCCUUCAUCACUCUCUUGGAGACUGCAUAGGGGUCAUAUUAUUUGUACAAGCAUGGCUCUUUUAUACACAUGUAGUCACGCACAGUUGCUAAGCAAUUGUGCAAUUUCUUCUUCACUUGUCCAGCAACAGUAACAUAAGGUAAUUGAUCAUUUAGCGAAUCAUUGUUCUAAGAACCUGCUUAGCAUGGACAGUUCCCGUUUACUUCUAAGUACUUGCAUUAGGACGUUGUCUCAUCGGGCCGUUCUUUAUUUAAACCUUUGUCCAGCAAUUUUGAGAGCAAUGUCUAGUAUGUUCAGAAAACAGUGUAUAAUUACCACCACAUCCUCUAGUUUGUCAGCAACAUCAAAAUUGCUCUGUAACCCCUUUAAUUUCUUCAGUAAAGAAAGCUUUUGGCACAUUAGUCUUCAUAAAUCAAUGUAUUGAGUAAAUCUACUCCUCAGCUUUUUUUUCUCCAGUCCUGCUAAAGGAUCUCAGCUGAAACAUUGAUGGUGCUCUUUACUAUUGAUGCUGCCUGGCCUGCUGAGUUCCGCCAGUAUUUUGUGUUACUAAAUGAAGGAAAUGUGAUGUUAUGUUGAAAUUGUAAAAGAUGUUGGUGAGGCUCAAUCUGCAGUAUUGUGUACAACUUAGGUCACCUACCUACAGAAAAGAUGUAACCAAGAUUGAAAGUGUACAGGGAAAAUAUACAAGGAUGCUGCUGUGACUGGAAGACCUGUGUUGUAAGGGAAGAUUGAAUAGGUUAGGACUUUAUUCCUUGGAAUGUAGAUGAUUGAAUGGAGACUUGAUCGAGCAAAACAAAAUUAUGAAGGGUAUAGAUGGGGUAAAUCCUGGCUUUUUCCACUGGGUCAGGCUACUUCUGGAGCUCAUGGGUUCAGGGUGAAAGAUGAAAAGCUUUUGGGGAACAGAAAGGGAAACUACUCUCAGGUUUACGAGAAUGGGGAAUGAGCUGUUAGCACAAGCUCAAUUUUCAAAGUUUGAGAAGUUUGGAUAUGUAAAUGGUUGGCAAGUGUAUGGAGGGCCAUGGUCCAGGUGUAGGUCGAUGGGACUAGGCAGCUUAAAUGGCUCAGUUUGGACUAAAUGGGCCAAAUGCCCUUUUGCUGUACUCUACCUUUCUAUGACAAACAAUCUAUGAGCAGGGUGGGUUGGAUUGUUCAUGAUAUUUCUGGCCUUUGUCUAGCAACUGAUAUAUAUACCUAUCAGUGUACAUGUCUUGAUGGAGGAUGGGGUGGUGCCUGUAAUGCAUUGAGCUGUUUUGACUACCCAUUGUAGAGCCUUCCUGUUCACUGCAGUACACUCUCUGUGCCAUGCUAUGAUGCACCACGUUAGGAUGCUCUCUCUGCUCAUCUGUAGAAGUUGUGAGUAUUGAUGUGCAUAGUCCAGCUCUCAGAAAAUACAGGUGUUGGUGAGCUUUCUGGACUGUAUGUGAAGUCAGUGAUUUUAUGCCAUGAACUGACUUAUCUCUCAAAGUUUACUGUUUGCAUAGGAUUCAGUGGGCAAGUUGAUGCGUGACUAAAGUAUAGAAAAUAUGUAUCUGGGUUCUCACAGUUGGCUGAGGUUUGGAUCUUCGCGGGAGUCCACCAUUUUAAUAAGUUUAAUUUCAUUAAGUGAUAUUUACUGUGGCCAUGAGGAAAAGUUGGUGACAGUAUUCUCUUUUAAUGCUGUAAGGUUCAAUGAUACAUUCAGUUCCACUGGCUAGAUAACUCUCCACUGCUUUAUGUUGUUUUCUAAAGGUUUUAAUUUGACCCACUUAGCACAGUGCAAGGAGUUUAAUUUGUUUAUAAUCUUUGGAACACCAGAACAAAUAAACCAUUCAUCUCCCCUCCCCGCCUCCCCAAAAAAACCAAGCCUACUCUGCAACUUCUUCGAGAUCUUGGCAGCUUUAAAAUCAAUUCCAAACUCCAGAUACUUGGUUGUCCAAUGUCACUCCUAACUUGUACUUAGUACAACAACAGUCAUCUCAGAUCCAACAUUCAUGAUUGAACUCGUCCCAAGUAUUCUAACAGAUGCACAUAAAUUCCACCCCGCCCAGUAUCUUGAUUGCUUUAAUCAAAUUGUUCUAAUCUCAUUUCCAGGAAAUCUUUGACAUGUGACUUCUCAUAUGUCUUGCACAUAUUUUUAACUUGCUCAUUCCAAGGCCAAUAUGUUCAUUCAUUGGAUACAAUGCUCCAACAAAGGAUAUCUUGAUGCAAUAUACUUUCUAAGCCAUUAUCUAAGUCAUUAAUGCACAUUAAGACCUUUAUGAAGGUCUUUUGGGUCAGCCGGUGGUGUAGUGGCAUCAGGACUGGACUUUGAGGUGGCAAUCCUGAGUUCCAAUCCGAUCCAGUCCCAAUUUAGGCAGCAGCAGUAUCUGCGCAGGAGAAAGGCCUGGUGAUCUACUUCUGUAUCUUGCCUCAAAAAUCCUAUGGACAACUACACUAUCUAUAGGGUCGCCAUGAAUCAAUGAGGAUUCUAUGGUACUCAAUAGCAACAAUGAAGGUCUUUACAAAAUGCUUUCUGAUAAUACUAGUAUGUAACAAAUUAAGGUAUUAUUCUCUCUACAAGUGUUGUUAUAUUUAUGACACCAUAAAUAAAAAUAUGGAACUAACCUGUUAUUUCUGUAUUUUCAUUUGUAGUGUCAUAAAAAAAUUGCAUCUAUUUGUUGAGAAAAGGGGGUUUGCCAGAUAUUGCAAGACAGCUAAUACCAAAUCAGGGAUACUCUGAAGAAUAUACUGUUCACCAGUGUGGGCAGCAUCUGUGGAAAGCAAACCUCAUUUUGGUUGAAGCAAAAAAAAAUGCUGGAGGAGCUGAGUGUGUCAGGAUGCAUCUAGGGGGGGAAAUGAGGAAUCAGCUUUUCAGGAUGAGACCUAUUACCGGGGGUUGGAAAGAGGGCGGAAGCUAGAACAACUGGGUGAGGCCAGGGACGUGAGCUGGCGAGUGAGAUGGGUAAGCUGGGGAAAUGGUUAGGUGGGGGAAAGUGUGAAAUUGGAAUGAUGUGAAAACUGAGAGUUGAUGCAUAUGGAAGAGGCAUAGGCUGAAAAGUGGAAUCUGGAUCAAGGAAGAAAGGCAAGGAGGUGGGGAGGUGUAGGUGAUGAGGGUAGAGGAGGGGAAAGAGAAGGGGUUAAUAGGACCAGUGGAAAAAGUAAAACAAAGGCUAGAGGUUGGGGGGAGGGCAUGAAUGCAGAAGGAAAGCGAUACCAGAAGUAAUAUUCUCUGAAGAAUCAGUAUUGAUGCUGUCCAGUUGGAGACUGUCAAAAUAGAAUAUGAGCUGUUGUUCCUCUAUUCUGCAUCUAGCUUCAACAGUAGAGGAGGUUGGGGGCUAAGGUGUCAGUGCGGGUCUGAAAGGUGAUUUAAAAUGGCUGGCCACUGGCAAGAUGAUGGUUGUACAGUGGACGGAACAAUGGGGGACACAACAAAGAAAUCCCCCAAUCUGUGUCAAAUCUCACCAGUUUAGAAGAGUCCAUCAAGCUGCUGGACUGGCUGCAGUGCUGAACUGCCUGUGGACUCACUUUGGUGAGUUUGCAGUUCAUGUUUUCUGUGUUAUUUGUUCACUUUUUGCACGUUUGUUUUCCCCCCACACAGUGUUUGACAGGCUCUGUUGUAUGUGUUGUUUAAAAUAGUUUCUGUUGUGUUUCCUUGUUUUGUGACUGCAAGAAAAUGAAUCUCAAAGUUGUAUGUGAUGUACGUACUUUGAUGAUAAAUGCACUUUGAACUUUGACCUUCACUGGAAGUACUGAGCACCGGAUGCAAUAAAUAACCCUGGUAGAUUCGCACAUGAUGAGCUACCUCACCUGCAAGGACUGGUGGUGAGGGAGGAGGUGUAGUGGCUGAAGUAACAUUUGUGAUGGUUUUGUAGAAGUAUUCAUCAGGCUUUAAGGGAAUUUUUGAAAUUGGCUGUGGGCAUUCAUGUUGUUUCUUCCGUCCGUUAAAGUCACCCUGUUGAUAGUGUUAUGAAUGUACCACAGCUCUGAGGGGCCGAAGGAGCGGGAGCAGCCCCCUCCUUCCGGAGAAUCGCAAGAUCGCUAUUAAUUCGGGUCUCGGAAGUGAGAGACAAUGCAACAGUUUUGACCAUUUGUUCUUAGAGGCACCUGUGUCACGUGCAAGUCCCGGCUACGUGACAACUACCAUGAACCUGAACACCCUCAGGCCAUGUGGGGGUGGAGAUUGCAUCCCCCUACUUUGAUGGACAGCUACAACUCUGCAAGUAAAGAUAAAAGCGGACUGCAGGAGGCAGUACCCUAGCGAUGCACCAGAGGAACUUGCUCGCUCAACGCUCCCGGGAGAGCUGGAAGCCACUCAACGUCACGUGCGCUCCUAACUCCUUUGCCUGGGGAGCGGGUGGCUGAUACUACCGAGAAGGACUUCGAACUAACAACGGGGAAACCAACGCUCCCCUGAUUUUAACGGAGUGGUCAAAAAGAUACGGGCAAGUCUUCUUUUCGUUCUCACCGAUUCCUCUAAGACACGUGACACCCAGCAAUUCCUCGAAAGACUUUUGAAUGACUCUUUAGAUUUACAAUGGACAGAAAAAUAUUAUCCCCUAGACAACAGCCGAGAUUAAUGAUGAUUAUGACUAUAUCCGGGCUUUAGAUUGCGUAUUGGUGAUGUGCAUUAUCUGAAUGUUUGCAUUAACCUUACUUUUGUGCCCCUUUAUAAAUAAAAACGUUUGAAAAUAGUGACAUCAGACUUCAACAGAUCUCUCCAUCUUUGCUGGUAAGUUAUCCAGUUACGGGAUAUGUAACAACUUGGGUUUCUCGUCUUGGGAUUUGACACCAAAUUGGGAGGCCAGUGAAUCGGGCUUGUAAAUCAAAAAACUUGAAUCUGGUUACGCGGGUAGCCAGACGGGAAACCAGCAAAGAUGGACGUGGGGGAAUUUAUGGAAACCCCAACGGUGGGGGCGGUAGAGGCGGCCACUAAAUCAGACUUGUUAAAUUUGGCGAAGGGGUUGAACCUCACAGAAGUGAGGUCGUCCAUGAAAAAGCGGGAGGUACGAAGGGCCAUAACUCAGUAUUACAUUGGGAAGAAUGUGUUUGAAGAUGAGGUACCAUCAAGUGGGACGGUUCAGUUAGAGGUGGAGAAAUUAAAGUUGGAACAUGAAAUUAAGUUAAAAGAGCUGGAAGUGGCUGAGAGAGAGAGAGGGAAAGGCAAAGACAGCAUGAAAUUCACCUAAAGAAGCUAGAAGCAGAAGAGAAAGAGAGGGAACGGGCUGAGAAAGAGAAACAGAGGCAACAUGACUGGGAAAUUGAGAAGAUGAAGAACGAGCGAAGAGAUCAAGGGUUAGACCAAGCAGAGCGGUUUAAUGUUAGUAGGGAGUUGAGAUUGGUGCCCCCGUUCGAGGAGACAGAUGUCGAUAGUUAUUUCUUACUUUUUGAAAAGGAGGCAAUAAAUCAGAAGUGGCCAAAAGAGCAGUGGGUGGCAUUGUUACAAAGUGUGUUAAAGGGGAAGGCCCAACGAGCAUAUGCGGCCUUGCCCCAGGAGGAGGGAGGAGCGGAGAAUUAUGAUGAGGUAAAAAAGGUCAUUCUCCGGACUUACGAAUUGGUACCUGAGGCCUAUAGACAAAAGUUUAGAAAUUUAAGGAAAGGGUGGAAUCAAACGUAUACCGAGCUAGCCCGUGAGAAGGGGGUGCUCUUGGACCGUUGGUGCACCGCGGAAAGAGUGGGCGAGGAUUAUGGGCGUCUCAGGGAGUUAUUUUUGAUUGAGGAAUUCAAAAGUUGUGUUCCGGAGGAGAUCCGGGUGUAUUUGAAUGAGAAGCCGGAUAAGUCCAUUUCAGAAUUUGCCAGGUUGGCAGACGAAUAUGCCCUAACCCACAAGACAAAGACUCCCUCGAAUAAAGGUCCCCAGAGAGAUCGUGGGAGCGAUCGAGAAAGUCCGACGAGUGAGGCAGAGGUCCCACCGGGAGCUAGCGGUAAGGUUGAGGGGGAAAGGCAAGACGGCCAGAGGUUUCCGGGUUUGACCUGUUUUAAUUGUGGAAAGGAGGGGCACAUUGCAUCUCGAGGCUUUGCUCUGAGGAAGGAGAUAGGAAGAGGGAAAGCCACAGUCCCUAUCGGGUGUGCCGUGGUAAUCAGCAAAUCGACCAGAGAGCCGAGGGUAGUCAGAGUACGAGAGGGCUCUGGGAGUUGUCUGUCACACGGAACCGUGUCUGUGAUGGAGGGAGACACACCAGUUCCCGUAUGAAUCUGGAGGGAUAUGGGCUCUGAAUUAUCCCUGGUUAGCUGUAAGGUACUAGAAUUUGGUCGGGAAACGGGCAUGGUAAAGAUGGAAGGAAUAAAUAAACGGAUAGAAAUGGUGCCCUUAUAUAAGGUCAUUCUGGAUUGUGAGCUGGUGUAUGGAUCAGUUGAAGUGGGGGUGCCCUCAGAAUUCCCGAGAGCUGACGUGGACAUCCUGCUGGGGAACGACUUAGCAGGGGGUAAGGUUUGGUCAGCAAUGCUGCCGACCUGGCGACCGGCGAGUACGGUGGCCCCGUCCCUAGCGCCCAAGGACCAUCUCGCCGGCGCGGUCACUCGCAGCCUGUCGAGAGAGGCAGCUGUGAACGAGAGCAGUUUAAAUCUGGCCAGUUUUGAUUUGGCCGAGACGUCUUUGCUGACCCUGUGCCAUGAGGGUUUCGAGGGUGGUAAGACGAAGAGUAGUAAAGUGAAAGGGGGUAAGGGAGAUGAGAUAGAUUUGCCUUUAGUGAAGAGAAAGGUCCUAAAGGUAGGAGAUAAAGAUGAGAAACAGAUAAAGCUGUUAAAAGGUCCAGAGUUGGACAUGGACGAUCUGUCUGGUUUGGCAGAAUUGUUUGAAGAACUUGAGAGUUCUAAAGGUGUUCCCGAUAAUGAGGUCAGGGCAGUCCUAGAUGGAAAGGAUACCCUUGCCUUGAAGGGGUCUGCUGAAAGGGCCGAGGAGGUUGUUUCAGCUCGCAGGGUUGCGCCUUCCCCGGGUGGGAGCUGCCCAGAGAGUAACUGGGAGGAUCGGGGGGAAGUUAGAAUUUGAAAAAGGUACGGGUGUUGAAAGCCUGGAAGAGGCCAAUGUCCCGCUUGAGCGCGUCCGAGAUGGGGAUGCACGAGGUGCUGAACCUGGUAACGGAGCUCAGAAGAAGUCUGAGGUAUUUGAUCCAGUGGAACGGGGCGGCCGUCCUUGUGGGUCAGAUGGACUUGGUUCAGUGGGAAAAGGGUUAACCUUGGUAACCGGGGAAAGUGUGAGUUCCCCGGCGUUUGUACUCGAAGGAGUGUUCAAAGUUAAUGCAGAAUUUAAGAAUGGGGGGGUGAGGAUUGUUAGCAAAGGAAACGAAAAGUCUGUAGUUUCCAAAUCGAAGGAAGAAAUCUUAAACCUGGCAGAUCGCUCGCAGAGUGAGCCGGGGAAUAGCGGGGCCCCCCACUCUAUUGUUAUGCCAGGAUGGGGUGUGAAAAGGCUGCCUUCGACAUGCUACUUGAGCGAAGAGUUCGAAUCAAACACCAAUAGCCUGAAGGGGACUGAUAAAAGGGCCAGCCACCUGGGUAAAAUCGAGGAAGUGGGUGAAAAGGGUCUACGUUUGGGGCAUGGUGUUGCAAAAAUAACCCCGAUGAACGAGGCUGGCGGGAGUUCACCACGAAAAAUUACUCAAGUUCCCCAUGGGGGGGCUCGUCGAAAAAGAGGCGACGGUUAAUGGAGAUGCCAUUGUUAGACAGCCAAGCAGGUUGAACAGGUUUGCGCCAAAGCCUGUGAAUGAUAAAGACAGCCCCUUUUGGAGACCUGCUGGUUACGUAAAACGACUGAAACGAUCAGUGUUCGCAUAAACUUUUGUAAAUGCACCUAAGCUAAGGGCAUCCCUCCUUAGUUCUGUUGUGGAAAAAAAAUACUCAUAAAUAGAUGAUUAUUGAAUUGAAGUCUGAUGCUACAAGUCUUUAGUAAGGUAUGCAAUUUUAAGAUAUUAAAGAAAGGGGCACUGUAAUCGUUAACUAUUUAGAUACUGACUUGAAUGUAUAACGGUAGUAUUCUGUGAAGAGAAAAAGCUUGGGUAUUGUGUUAAGAGUAAAAGUCCUGUAAGACACUGUACAACUCCGUUUUUAACCGCUGGUAAAAAACGUGGUUUUUGAGGGGAGGUGUUAUGAAGGUACCACAGCUCUGAGGGGCCGAAGGAGCGGGAGCAGCCCCCUCCUUCCAGAGAAUCGCAAGAUCGCUAUUAAUUCGGGACUCGGAAGUGAGAGACAAUGCAACGGUUUUGACCAUUUGUUAUUAGAGGCACCUGUGUCACGUGCAAGUCCCGGCUACGUGACAACUACCAUGAACCUGAACACCCUCGGGCCAUGUGGGGGUGGAGAUUGCAUCCCCCUACUUUGAUGGACAGCUACAACUCUGCAAGUAAAGAUAAAAGCGGACUGCAGGAGGCAGUACCCCAGCGAUGCACCAGAGGAACUUGCUCGCUCAACGCUCCCGGGAGAGCUGGAAGCCACUCAGUGCCACGUGCGCUCCUAACUCCUUUGCCUGGGGAGCGGGUGGCUGAUACUACCGAGAAAGACUUCGAACUAUCAACGGGGAAACCAACGCUCCCCUGAUUUUAACGGAGUGGUCAAAAAGAUACGGGCAAGUCUUCCUUUCGUUCUCACCGAUUCCUCUCAGACACGUGACACCCAACAAUUCCUCGAAAGACUUUUGAAUGACUCUUUAGAUUUCCAAUGGACAGAAAAAUAUUAUCCCCUAGACAACAGCCGAGAUUAAUGAUGAUUAUGACUAUAUCUGGGCUUUAGAUUGCGUAUUGGUGAUGUGCAUUAUCUGAAUGUUUGCAUUAACCUUACUUUUGUGCCCCUUUAUAAAUAAAAACGUUUGAAAAUAGUGACAUCAGACUUCAACAGACCUCUCUAUCUUUGCUGGUAAGUUAUCCAGUUACGGGAUACGUAACAAUAGGCAGUCACUAAACGAGAGAGGUCUCAAACUGAUCAGAGGCAGCAACUCUCAUGAGCCUUUGAGAAGAUUGAUUUUAUUGUGCUCUCUAAACCCAUUUAAAAAUGAUGGCAGUUCACUGGCUUGAAUUUGUAUGCAGGGUUUAGAAUUGCUCAGGAUGACAUUUUGACUGUGCUAACUCCUCUGCUUCUCCAGUACAGAUUGCACAGUUGUAGUGGUAGAUAAUGGCUUUUAAGCUUUCUUUGUGUGGUUAAAUCACUGGAGAUCCUAAAGUUGCCCAAUUUCUAAAUUUGGUGUCUGAUGAUGCAUAAAUAAAUGUGAUAUUGCUGUUGUUCCAUACCAGAACCAUACUUAUUUAUACUUGAACACAGGAGAUUCUGCAGAUGCAGGAAAUCCGGAGCAGUACACACAAAAUGCUAAAGGAACUCAGCAGGGCAUCUGUGGAGAGCAAUUGAAGAAACAGUCAAUGUUCUGGCCUAAGGUCCUUCAUCAGGACUGGAAACAAAGGGGGGAAAUGACAGAAUAAGAAGGGGUGAGAGAAAGAGUACAAGCUAGAAGCCAGGUGGGUGGGGAGGAGGAUGAAGAAAGAAGCUGGGAGGUGAUUGGUGGAAAAGGUUAAAGGGCUGGAGAAGAAGGGAUUUGAUAGAGGAGAGUGGACAAUGGGAGAAAUGAAAGGAGUGGAGCACCAGCGGGAAGAUGAUAGAUGGGUGAAGAGAAGAAGUAAGAGGGGUCCAGAGUGGAGAACUGAAGAAGGAAAAGAGGAGAAAAUUCAUUAGAAGUUGGAUAUAUCAAUUUUCAUGCCAUCAGGAUAAAGGUUACCUAGAUGGAAUAUGAGGUGUUGCUCCUCCAACCUGAGAAUGGCCUCAUCGUGGCAAAAGAAGAGGACCUGGACUAACAUGUCAGAAUGAUUUGCCACCAGGAAAUUCUGCUUUUUGCAGAUGGAAUGAAGGUUCUUGACACAGAGUCUACGUUGUGUCUUGCCAGUGGUAGAAGAGGCGACAUCAGAACCACUGUAUACAGUAGAGGAUGACCCCAACAGAUUUGCAGGUGAAGUGUUGCCUCACCUGGAAAGAUUGCUUGGGAUAUUGAAUUGAGAUGAAGGAGGAGGUGAAUGGGCAGGUGUAGUACGUCUGCUUGCCAGGAGGGAGAUCAGUGGGGAGGGACAAAAGGAUAAUUGCAUCAUGGAAAGAACUAUCUCUACGGAAAGCAGACAGUGGAGAGAAGGUAAAGUUGUGUUUGUUUAUCAGGUCUCAUUGAAGAUGGCAGAAGUUGUGGAGAAUGGUGUGUUGGGUGUAGAGGUUCAUGGGGUGGUUGUUGAGGACAAGAGGAAUUAUCUCCCUGUUAAGGUGGUAGGAAGAUGGGGUGAGCAUGGGUGUUCAGGAAAUGGAGAUGUGGAUGAGGGCAGCAGAAGGAGGACUAGUGUCUUGGGAAGGAAAGUCUCAUUCAGGGAACAGAUAUGGCAAGGAUGAAGGAAUUGAGAGAAGGGAAUAGGAUCUUUUUUUUUUACAGGAGAUGGGGUGGGAAGAGGUAAUGGGAUCCAGCAUAUUAUCUUCCAUGACAUCAGCCAUCUCUGACACACAUCUUUACCAUUCCCCCCCUUCCCCACCCCACCACCAUUCUCUGCUUUCCGCAGGGAUCAUUCUCUCUGUGAUUCACUUGUCCAUUUGUUCCUCUCCACUAUUCUCCCUCCUUGUACUUAUCCCUGAAAGUGGAUAGAUUCGCACCUGCCCAUUCACCUCCUCCCUUGCCUCCAUUCAGGGCCCCAACAGUCCUUCCAGGUGAAGCAUCACUUCACCAGCAAAUCUGUUUUCAGUUGUCAACUGUGUCCCAUGUGGCCUCCUCUACACUGGUGAGACCCAAUUCAUUGGGAGACUGCUUGGUCGAGCUCCUUCGCUCCAAUUGCGAAAAACAGGAUUUCCUGGUGGCCCACCAUUUUAAUUCCAGUCCGCAUUCCCAUUCCAACAUGAUGGUCUGUUCUCUUCUGCCGCAAUGACACCACUCUUGGGUUGGAGGAGCAACUGCCUAUGUUCCAUCUAAAUAACCUCCAACCUGAUGGCAAUAACAUCAAUUUCUCCAACUUCCAGUAAUUUUCUCCACCUGCCAUUCCCUCUUCUUCAAUUUCCCACUCUGGCCCCCUCAUUACCUCUUAUCCUCACCUACAUAUCACUGUCCCCUGGUGCCCCUCCUCUUUCUCUCAUGGUCCACUCUCUAUAAUUUCUUCUUCUCUAGCCCUUUACCCUCUCCACCAAUCUCCUCCCAGGCUUUUACUUCACACUCCUCCCCAGGCAUCUGAUUUCACCUUUCAGCUUCUAGCAUGAACUCUUUCCCCUUCCCCACCUUAUUCUAGCAUCUUCCCCCUUCCUUUCCAGUUUUGAUGAAGGGUCUCAGCCCAAAAUGUUUAUUUCUCUCUAUUGAUAAUGCCUGACCUGAUAAGUUCCUCGGGCAUUUUGUGUGUGUUAUUUUAUACUUGCACUGUUUUCCAGUACAUCAAUGUGGUUUGCACUAACAGCAUUAUAUUUUAGUUGAAAUGAGACCAUACUAGGUGACGGCAUUUGCACUAAACAUCCAAGUGUUAUUCUCUCUUGCAGGUCACAGCCAUGCUGAUAAGCUCAUAAGAUGUAGGAUUUACUGACUAUAUGAGUAGCCAAUGAACAAUGUGCUUGCUUAAGAAGGUAUAAUUUAAAGAUGAGCUUUACUUGUUAUGUACAAUCGAAACGUCCAGUGAAAGGUGUUGUUUGAGGUGGGAACGUGCUGGACAGCCUGCCGAUAUCACUGGGCUUCUGGCACCAACGGAGCAUGAAUGUGAGAGGGAACCAGUGUGUCCGGAGGAACCCCACGCAGUCAUGGAGGAAGAACGUGCAAACUCAUUACAGACAGCAGUGGGAACUUUGAUCUUGCAGCUAGUAUUGAGCUAAUGGAUAUGCUACCUUGGCAACUAAUUAUUCUUUUAUCUUUUUCCGGUGAAUGCUGCUUAUAUGAUCCCAUGUGCUCAUGCUGCUGUAAGUUUGAUUUUAUUGCAUUUGUACAUAUGACAGUAAACUUCACUUCACCUUGACAUGUUUGGAAUGUCAGUGCUGAGUCAGGUAGAAUGCCGCCGUGGUUGAGGAAGGUGUUUGAUAUCAGGCAGUUGGGCAAUAGACAUAGAACAAAAGAAAUUAUGUAAGAAUCUUUAAAUAAAGAGUUAAACAUUUGCCAGCAAAAUCACUUGUCUGAAUUGCAUUGCUACAUGAUGGAAAUAUGGUUCAUAUUUCCCCAUGGUGUACAAAGAUGUGUCGUGAAGUGUUAACAACCAUCAGCUAGGA